UCUAUACUUCAAGAACUCUCAAGCUUAUACUUCUAGCAAAUGUUUAGCAACAAGUUAUCCAAAGUUCCAUAUAUAUUCUCUACAUUUAAGCAACAAGAAAAUUUCUUUGCAACAUAAUCCUAAUUAAAAGCCUUUAUUUGUUUUACAAGUUUCAAGGUUUAGGGUUUUAUUUGAACUUGUCAAAAUUCUUGAAAAAAUGGAAGGAGAAGUAAAGGAAGAAAUUGAUCUACCACCAGGAUUUCGUUUUCAUCCAAGUGAUGAAGAGCUUAUAACAUAUUAUCUUAUGAACAAGAUUUCUGAUUCUAAUAAUUUUAGUGCAAAGGCUAUUGGAGAUGUUGAUUUAAACAAAUCUGAGCCAUGGGAUCUUCCAGGGAAGGCAAAAAUGGGAGAAAAAGAAUGGUACUUUUUCAGCCUGAGAGAUAGGAAGUACCCAACAGGAGUGAGGACAAAUAGAGCAACAAAUAGUGGAUAUUGGAAAACUACUGGGAAAGACAAGGAGAUCUUCAGUAAUUCAGAAUUAGUUGGUAUGAAGAAAACAUUGGUAUUUUAUAGAGGAAGAGCUCCAAAAGGAGAGAAAACCAAUUGGGUAAUGCAUGAAUAUAGGAUCCACUCCAAAUCUUCCAAUAGAACACACAAGCAAGACGAAUGGGUUGUUUGCCGUGUAUUCCAAAAGAGUACAACAGGUGGGAAAAAAUACCCUUGUAACAAUACUUCAAGAUUUCAUGUAAACCCCUACAACACACUAGAUCAAAUCAAUCCAAACACAAUAUGCAUGUCUUCACAAAUGAUAAUGCCACAAGAUGAACAUAAUGCCUUUCAACUAGCCAUGGGAAGAUCAUCAUCAGGUGCUGCUUACAUGAUCAACCAUCCAGAAAUUCAAGAACUCAAUAGGGUUUUUCGAGGCCUUUCAUCGUCGUCUAACAUGAUGAGCUUGCAUCCAAUUAUUCAAUCCCAAAUCAUGAACUAUAAUUUAGGUGGAGGAGGAGGAGGCAAUUGUUUUACUAUUUCAGGAUUGAAUUUGAAUCUUGGUGGUGAUGGUGGUGGUGCCACCACUUCUCAGCCAGUGCCACCGCCACAAGAUAUGAGUUCUUCUUCUCAUGUGAUGAUGACAACUCAUGAUGAUCAAGUUGGUUAUGGUGAAGAUAUGAGUAGUGGAAAUGCCAUGAAUAGAUUCAUGGCUAUGGAGAAUAGUGCUCAUGAAUUAGAAAACUAUUGGCCUAGUCACUACAACGAAAACAACUUUUAAUGGCAAUAAAUAUGCAUAUUAAUAAAGAGUGCUAAAACUUUUACCGGCAUUAAUUAAUUGUCAUUAGAUCCAAUGUCGCUAUAGGGUUUAGCGACAUUUACAAAGAGGCCGUGAAUUAAUUGCCGCUAAAGAUCAUUUUUUGUGUAGUGGUUGUUUGAAUCCUACAAAAAGUUGUUGCACUCAUACAUAUCAUAUUUUCUAAAAAUAAUGCAUUUUUGAAGGAUUCGAGUACAUCUAAUUAGAGGACAAGUAUGUUCUAUAUAAAAUAAUUAGUUGUUUGGAGAUAGUGAUAGAGCUAUUUUCUUCUAUAGUUAA